UACCCGGGUCACAAAAACCGUCGAACCGGUGCCCCGGUAGUCCGCAUGCGUUUGUUGACGGUGUCCUUAAAGCGAGUUUUCCUGAAUAGCUCAAAAUUAUAUUAGUUCCUUGCAAAUGAAGAGUUUUCGUCUCGUUCUUUGAAUGCUCAAUAUCUUUAGUAGACUCCGGAAGUGGUCAUGACUGCUCGAGGCACUCCUAGUCGUUUUUUACAAAGCGUUCUGCAGAACGGAGUUGGUCGAUACGUGUGUCAGCUGAAACGCGUGUCUCUUAUUUUCUCUAAAAACGGACAGAGUUCCUUAGGGGUCAGAGAGUUCAUUGAGGAUGGUGUGGUUGAUUUUGCCAAAAAGAACCCAGGAACUGUCGUUUACGUCUCUCCCGAGUCAUGCAGAAUUCCCAAAAUAGUUGCUGAAUAUCUCAAUGGUAAUGUGAAGACAGAGCUCAUCACCAAUAAAACAUCACAACAGAUUGCAGAACUGGUUACUAAAAUGGCCAACCAGUCUGGCCUGGACAUCAUUCGCAUCCGAAAGCCUUUCCACACAGACAACCCGAGUAUCCAAGGCCAGUGGCAUCCGUUCACCAACCGGCCGCCCAGCACAAAACCAGUUGGUCCACAGGCCAAAUGAUGACUCGUCACCAUUAAUUUCUACUUGUGCUACAGUGACUGUUUUGACAUCUUACUAAUUACCAAGUGAAUGUAACACCUAGAAGGAUGUCAGUGUAUAUUGUGGACAAAGUUUUGCUGGCAUAAAAUUGGGGGUAGGGGAAUUCUGCUGAAUAUUGGCUGUUUAUUGAGCACUGAAUAUAGAUUGAUUAAGUCCACUAUCAGCCUGUUCUUGGCAAUCUCAAAAUGUAGUAUCCCGAGAUGCAGAUCUGAACAUUGUGUUGUUUGGAUUGUGUUCUGACAUGAUGUUAUGGAGCAACAAAUAACAAUAAAAAAAACAUUUGUUCA